AUGGCCCGGGGACCCCGACAAAUAAUAGGUCUGACCAUCCAGGCUGCCGCCAGGAAGGACGAAGGCCACAGGCCUCUGCCUUUUACCGGCAUUGGAAUCCUCACACUGUGGGAUAGCCAGCUCGGAGAUGGCAAUAGCAAUGAUGACGACGGCGAGGACGAGAACAACAAUGAUAACUGCAUUCUGCCCAACGGCAUCGCCCGCCUGCGAGGCGACGAGAUGGCCAUCGACGACAUCCUCUGGUCCGAGCCUGGAACUUGCCACUUCGCAGAGCCAUACUACAACAACACUUCGCUGAGGUUUGUGAACUACGAUGAAAGCCGAACGAGAGCAGAACUCGUGGAGCUCAACGAUGACCUCGUGCCUCACGACGUUCUGCUGUGGGCUGCAGACACAUCCGAACUCGCCCAGCUGAAGCGCAUUUCCAUCUUUAUCGCGUAUUCUGACGAGGUGGACAAUGUAAAAUUUGGCGUGUUUGACAUCUGCGGGCUGGGCGUGGAAUUCGUCGAUGGUCACCCCGACGGCAGCAGGUUUGUAGGCCUCAGGGGGAGAGAGUCUGGGUCCAUUGAGCAGGCUGAGGGGGCGGCGCGAAAGCAGCCGCAGCUGGCGCGGGGAUCUGACGCUGCCCUCACCGAGAUGCAGGGAGGCAGGGGCAAUUGGCGAAUCGAUAUGGAUAUUGACGGGCCGGGCGGCGAGUUCAUCACGGGAGUUUCUAGCCAUGAAGGUUCUAACGAUUGGCCUGUUUCUGGUCUCAAGUUCCGGACAAAUAGAGGCCGCGAGGCCGGGUGCUGGUUGGACAGUAGCGAUGACGAUGGUAACUUUCCGCAACGGGCUUCGUUCGAGGAUCCGCCUGGCCGCACUUUGGUUGGGAUGGUUGUGCGAUUUGACUGCGGGCGCGGGAGGGACACCAAUGGUAACCGGACUCACAAGAGCUUGACCAACAUGGGAGGGAUUGCGAUGCAGCUUGGAAUCGGUUCAGAGGGCAUGAUACCUGAUGAUGACUCUUACUACGAGGAUACCAGAUCGUACUACUACAGCUCUGACGAAGAUGAUGAGGGUAAUGGUGACGAUCAAGAAGACGAGGGUGAUGAGGACAACGAGGGUGAUGAGGACAACGAGGACGAUGAAGAAAACGACGAGGAUGACGAGUGA